GUUCGUGAAACUUAGGUUACGUGGACUUCUUUGGUCGGCAGCGGAGGUGUGUAUGCGCCACUCGACUAGUCAGAAAACCAAACGCGCAUCAACCAAACAUACUCUCUCGAUCAUACACGUUCCGGACGGCGGCUGCUGUCGCGGCUAGAUGGCGGACGAGCACGUUAGGACCCAGCCGCCGGCCGGCCGCUCUGCACUACCACACACCACGGAGGAGACCACGGAGGAGACCCGUAAGCGUCCGGCGGAUGAGGGCGCGGAGCGGUCGGCGAAGCGGCCGUCGCGGACCAAGCUGCACAAAGCGAUCAUGCGAUCUCUUGGUGAUGUCCGCGAGGCGCAGGCCACGCUGUACGAUCCCAAGCGAAGGCGCUUUGACUGCUGCCGCGGCUUUGACUGGGACAUGCGCGAGCCCGCCGUGUUCGACCACGAGGAAGAGUCAACGGCUCGGUUCUCAAGGCCGCUUGACGAAAUCCCGGAGUCUCGAUUAGACUGCCUGAUGAUCGCGCUGAAUGUGAUUCAUGUGAAGGUAUUGGCCUCCGAUGUAGGUUUCCCGAUAAGCGUGUUUGGGAAUGUGUUGAUGAGAGAUGACUUGGACUUCAAAUGCAUCUACCUCUUCCAACGUGAUAGAGACAACUGCCAGGUCAUCAGCUCACCGGAUGAAAUGCUAAAUUUGAUAGGGCCCAAUCGAGGACCUGCAGAAGCUGAUGUUUUCUAUUUUGAGAUCAACCUAAAGAUCAGGGGCGAAGAACCUGCUAUGGAUAUGAUUUUCAGCAGGACUUUGGUGUACCAAGAUUAUCCUCUUGAUGCAUGGACUAACAAACAACAAGUUUCAAGUUGGCUGAGUACAUUAGAGUUUUCAUACAGAUCUGUGCACUAUGCGGUGGAAGCCACCGUUGGGAUCAAAAUUUUGAGAGGGCCACGAUUCUUGCAUGGCAGCCUGAUAGCUUCCACAUCCGAAGAGCCUAGUGAGAUGGUGCUAUAUGACAGUGAGCGCUGGGGUGCCAAUACCAAGGUUGCUGAGGAUGGGUCGGUGAAUCUACCUCGUUGUCUAGUAAUUCUGCGCGUAGACGAGGAUUUAUUCCUAAAAGUUUGUGCUUUUGGUCGUCGCCAUAGAAGAGCUAAGCCAAAGACCACUGUCCUUACAGUUGAACAUUCUGAUAGAUCAUUCGAUAUAAAACUAGGUUGUUAUCAUUUACAAGUCACCGUGUCCUGGUCAGGCAUUUUGUUGCGCUAGAUACAUCUGUUUGAGCGACAGAUAAUAUGAA